AUGCAUCCUAAACUACUAGAGCUGUACGAAAUCACAGACCAUGUGUUGGGUGAAGGCACCUUUGCAGUUGUGAAGGAAAUUAAGUUCAGAAGCACUGGUAAAUCAUAUGCACUCAAAACUAUCCUCAAGAAAAAUGUGAAAGGCAAAGGCUCAAUGCUGAAUACCGAAAUCGCAAUCCUUUCCAAAGUCGAUCAUCCCAAUUGUGUUUCACUUUUAGAGAUGUUUGAGACUGAGGAUGCAGUAUACCUUGUGACAGAUCUAGCGGAGGGUGGAGAGCUUUUUGAACAGCUCUUGCAAAAGGGUUAUUACACAGAAGCAGAUGCUGCCAGAUUAGUUCAAGAGAUCUUGUUGGGAGUUGAGUAUCUACACGGCAUGGGGAUUGUCCAUCGAGACCUCAAGCCCGAAAACCUGUUGUUUUCUGACAAGUCUGAAAAUGCGCGAUUGAUGAUCACAGAUUUCGGACUGAGUAAGAUCUUGACAGAUGGGGAUGAUGUGUUGAUGACUGCUUGUGGAACUCCUGGAUAUGUGGCGCCCGAAGUGUUGGAACAGAUUGGACAUGGCAAGCCUGUGGACAUGUGGAGUGUUGGUAUCAUUGCUUAUACCCUGCUCUGUGGAUACACACCGUUCUGGGGAGAAGAUCAAUCAGAAUUGUUUGAAAACAUUAUUGCGGGAGAAUACAGCUAUGAGGAAGAAUACUGGAAAGAUAUUUCGCCACUCGCAAAAAACUUUAUUGAUUCACUUUUGGUUCGACCUGCAGAACGACGAUCAACUGCCACACAAGCACUGGCCCAUCCAUGGUUCCGUGCCAUGCUCGAUCAUGAUCUGUCUGUACCUUCCUCACCAACAGAGAGUGUCAAUCUGUUGCCGAGCGUUAGCAAGAACUUUAAUGCAAGAGGAGUGUUCAAGAAGGCUGUCAAGGCUGUGGGGCUUUUGAAGAAGAUCCACGGAGCUCAAUAUCAGAAUUUUGUUCAAGCCCGAAGACAACAAGAAUUAACAACAGCGGCAGCGAUAGCGACAGCAGAAGGAAGUUCGAGUCAUGGAAAUGCUUCUCCAACAGCUGAAGUACAACAGACUCGGAUACAAGAACAAAAAUUGAAGCCUGAGGAAGUCAUUGUUACUGCAGGAGUCAAUGGACCAAACCCGAAUGCUAAUAAUCAUGGAUUGAGUUUUCAUGAUGUAGUGGGCGUUGCUGUGUUGGCUAAACAUGGUGUGCAUGUGGAUGUUGCCAUUUCAGAUGGUCCGGCAAGUCAUAUCAGAGAUAGUGAUGAUAGCGAAAGGUGUCUUCAAUAUGCGAGCACUGCUUUGGAAGAGUUGGCUGUGAAAGGUGGAUAG